UCUCAUCAUAUCAUUAUAAAAAUUGAUUUUAAGAACCUAUAAAUGUGUUGUGAAUUUCUUUAUUUGAUAUGUUUUAUGAAACGAAACCAAGAUUGCGCUUAGAAAAAGUUCAUAAAAUUUAAUAAUAAAUUAUGCAUGCAGGGGACACAUGCAUUUUUGUUGCGAGGGUCGCAAAUGCCUUGAUCUGAAAUAAAUAUGUAGGGGAAAACACAAGAACUCCAAGCAAGAGCUAAUUUUAGUCGACUUUAUGGAAUCUCAUCCAGAUUUGGCGAAGAAUUUUUCGAAGGGCGACAGAGUUGCUGUUGACGAAAAGUGGAAAGAGCUAACGACGCUGCUAAAUGCAGAAGGCCCGCCCCAAAAAGAUGUUAAUGGAUGGAAAAAAAUAUGGUCUGACUGGAAGGGGUGCAUUCGUAAUAAGGUUGCCCAUAACAAUCUAGAAUCGAGGGCAACAGGAGGUGGACCCUUUAAUAAGCAUGUACUGACGAGCACCGAAGAAUGUGUUGCAAGAACUUGUGGAAUUUUUGCAGCCGUUGAGGGCAUAAACCAUUCUAGAAGCUUUGGGACAGAAGAAAAUAAUAGCGCUAUCGAAUCUGAGGAAGAACGUCCCCAAACAAGGAGGGAAGCAGUGGCUACCCCGAGAGCUGCAAAAAGGCCACGAGUAUCAACGCAGGACAGCCUUCAGACGUGUAUGGCAACGCAAUCUACUUAUAUGGAGAAAAUAUCCACCACUUUAGAUAACAUUUGCGAAAACCAACACAAGAUUGCAAAAUCGCAGGAAGAUGAAAGGGAAGAGAUUCGACGAGUUUGUCGUGCUGUUGAGAAACAAAAUAAAUUGCUGGCAGAGCAAAAUCGCUUGAAGACUCAAAGUAUAGAGCAAAAGCAAAGACAUUACCUCAGAAUGGAGCAGUUGCAACAUGAAACACAAUAG